UGACGCGCGCGAAAAGCCGGCUGGCUGCAAAAGAGAUCAAGGCGACGCUGGCCGGGACGCUCGUCCAGCGAAACAGUAGGGAGACUGAAUAAAGAUCGGAGCGUAGUGCCGAGCUCUUCAUUCGGCCAUUGAGCGAUCGGAGAAGCGGAUCAGUCUGUGCAGACGAGAAUAUCAACGAUUCAUCACUCGAGAACGACUUGUUGGUGAUCUUUAUUUGGAGUAUUCAGAUCAACUAGAGCAACAACUACAGAGAUCAUGGGAGCUCAGGACGACAAGAAGAUCGCCAGCAAACCUCCGACUGGUCAGAGAGGGUCUGUUAGCGGCAGAGGAAGGAGGAGACUGGACUUCAAGAGGUUCCAGGGAAAGACAAUGUUCCUGGAUCUCCCUGGAUAUCGCCACGUCGCCAGACUGGAGCAAGAGCUGACCUCUCGUGGAGCUACACUUGAGACUCAGUUCCAUUCCGGAGUCAAGUAUCUCAUCACGAUGGCACGGAAUGGAGACGGCAAGGGCCACUCCAACUCUCCCUCCACCCCUUCUCCCCUCACUCCUGGCAGGAGCUCUAUUUCCCAGCUGUUGUCCCCGGCAACAGACCACUCCCCCAGCGAGGCAACCCCAGUUCGUCACGGGAUCCUGACGAGGUCCCAGCAGAUGCUGCAGCUGUCUCGCGGACGAGGAGGGAGGAAGGCCGACCUGCAGGCUCUCGCACAACAGUGGGGGUCGAAGGUCGUUACCUUGGAGGAGCUGCUGGGUGAACUGAAGCGACUGAAACCUCUUCCAUCGGCAGCCACUGCUGACUCCUCUGAUACUUCGACUUGUGGACGGGAAUCCAAAGUGAGGGCAUUGAGAGGAGCAUUCCUGAAGGUCGAAGAUCUCUCUCGUCUCUACCGUCCCCUCGUCCUGGAGAUGAAGAGAUGGCCACGCCCACUCUGCCACGCCUCUCACAAGGCCUCGCCCUUUGACCCUCCACACCUGACAGCAAAGUCUCCCGAACAGCAGCAACAGCUCCAGCAGAAGAAGGAGAUGAGAGGAGAUAAGGUGGAGAAGAGACCCGGACACUGCGAAUGUUGCUCUGUCAAAUUUGACGACCUCCAAAUGCACCUGCGAAGCUCAAAACACCAGGAGUACGCCAGCAAUGAGAAGAACUUUGCAUCACUGGACAAGCUGAUGGCCCAGAGCAAGCCGUUCGAUCAGUUCAUUGCCGAACUGAGGGCAACGCCCCCUGAACCCACCUGUGCCACAUCUCUACCGACAUACACCCCGCCCGCCACCUCUCCCCCAGUCCCAUCCUCUCGUCCCGACAGCGUCGUCCUCGUGACCCCACCCACUUCCAGAGCCACACCCACCAGACGAAGAUCUCCCAGGAAACACCCCUGCACCGCACAGCAUCACUCACCUCUGAAGAAGAACACUCCGUCUCCUCGGAAACCAAACAGAACUGAUUCCACUCCAAUCAACAGAAAGAGAAAAGCAUCGUCGUGUGAAGCCACACCCACUAACAAGUCCCCGAGAUUCGAGACCACACCCACAAAGCAACUUAGAUUUUCACCUGAGCUGUCCAUCCCGCUAAAGCGUCUCAGAAGCCACUCCCAUUCUACCACACCCCCAUCGACAGGAGGUAGUCCGGCGAGGAAGAGGGCGCGGCCUGCAGUGACCCCGUCACCCAGUCCGGAGGGAGUGAGACGAUCGCCACGACUACUGCUGAGACAGAUGGCUGCCGAGGCAACCAAUGAACAAUGAACACUGUCAUUCCUGCAUGUCUGUGUGUAACUCAUCCAUGUGUAACCGUGAUAAUUUUUGAA